AUGGGUUGUACUCAGGAAGCUGGCUGUGUUGCAGCUGGUGUGGUGAUUGGGGCUGGAGCUUGCUACUGUGUAUAUAGACUGACUUGGGGAACAGAUGACAGUGAGAAAACCUGAGACUACAACAAUGACAGUGAAGAUGAGGAAUCUAGUGAUAUUACAGGGAUUAGUGUGGAGACUGAGAAAGGAGGUAAUACUUGGGUGGGGACCAGAGCUAGACUUCAAGGUGACUCAAAGGUCAAGGCUGAGGUGGUUGUAGAACUCAAAAGUUGUCCAGAUGCAAAGGAAGAAGCCCACUCAGAAGCCCAGACAGGAGGUGGCUUAGAGGCCAAGGCCAAGGCCCUUUUCAACACCCUGAAGGAAUAGGCAAGAUCAAAGGCUGUCAAAGGGGCCAGGCUGGGUACCACCUCUGGGACCAGGACACUUGCACAGAGUUUACCCUGCCCAGGAGGCAGAGGUGGAGGCUGCCAUCCCACCAGGAGUAGGGCUAGGGCUGGGAGCAGGGUAAGUGGAAAGUUCAAGAAAAAGGCCCGAGCUAAGAGCACCAAGACUCCAGCUACCACAUGGCCUGUUUGCAGGGGCAAGUCCAACUUUCCCUAUAAAAUUGAUGACAUUCUAGGUGCUUCAGACCUUCAAAAGGUCCUGAACAUCCUGGAAAGAACAAAUGAUCCUUUUAUUCAAGAAGUAGCCUUGGGCACUCUUGUUAACAAUGCAGCAUAUUCAUUUAACCAAAACGCCAUUCCUGAAUUUGGUGGUCUCCCAAUUAUUGCAAAACUGAUAAGAACAAAAGAUCCCAUUAUUAAGGAAAAGGCUUACAAUGCCCUUAAUAACUUAAGUGUGAAUGCUGAAAAUCAGGGGGAGAUUAAGAUGUAUAUCAGUCAAGUGUGUGAUGACACCAUGAUUUGUCGCUUGGACUCAGUUGUGCAGAUGGCUGGACUAAUACUGUUAACCAACAUGACGACUAAUCAUUACCAACAUUUGCUUUCCUAUUCCUUUCCAGACUUUUUUGCUUUGUUAUUCCUGGGAAAUUACUUCACCAAAAUUCAGAUUAUGAAACUUAUUAUAAACUUUACUGAAAAUCCAGCUAUGACACGAGAUCUGGUCAGUUGUAAAGUACCAUCAGAAUUGAUUUCCCUCUUUAGUAAAGAAUGGGACAGAGAGAUUCUUCUUAAUAUCCUAACCCUAUUUGAGAAUAUAAAUGACAACAUAAAAAAUGAAGGGCUUGCAUCACCCAGGAAAGAGUUCAGCAGAAGUUCACUUUUUUUCUUAUUCCAAGAAUAUGGGGUGUGUGUUAAGAAAAUCAAAGCAUUAGCAAAUCACAAUUAUCUAGUAGUAAAAGUAAAAGUUCUAAAAGUAUUGACCAAACUUUGA